GGCGGAGGAGGGACUUCCGCCGGGAGCCGGAAGCGGGUCUCUCAUGCGAGCGGGUGGUUGAGUCUCUCGGCUCGGAGACGUUUCGGGCCCGGAGCCGCCGCCGCCGCCUCCUCCUCCUCCGCGUCCCCCCCCCUCCCCGCUGCUGCUGCCGCCGCCUGCGCCUCCUCCCGCCCCCCCGCUCUCGCUCUCCUCCUCCUGGCAUCCGGCGGCCAGGCCCCGGCGGCGGCGGCGGCGGAGCGAGAGGCCCCGGCGCGGCGGAGAGCCCAGCAGCAGCGAGAGGCCGCGGCGCCCGCGGAGCCCCCCCAUCGCCCGCCUUCCCCCCACCGAGGCCCGGCCUGAGGGCGGCGGCGGCUGUUGGUGACAGCUUACAAAGGUGACCAGUAAAGUUCUCUCUGAGCAGCCAAAAAGCAGACAGCUCAUGACUUCUGAUCAGGACACUAAAGUUGUGGCUGAACCGCAGGUGCAGCAAGUACAAGAAGUUAAAGACGGUUCUCAUCUAGAGUCAACCAAGGUUUCUGAAUUAAAUCCUAAUGCAAAGGUGUGGGGAAAUCAUAUGUUACACUUGGAAGCAGGUGGUGCCACUGAUGGCAGUGUGAGCAAAACGUGGGAAGAAAUACCUGACCAACCUCCAGAUUCCUGUAAAGAAGGACUGGAUGCCAAUGGUGAUGGUGACAAAAAGCAUCAGAAUGCAGUGCUGACAGAACUGCAAGAGCCAUCGCCAGCUGUUUCGGUGUCAGACCAGACAGAUAUGAACCCUUUGGCUCUCGAUCAUUCUGAGUAUGAGUCUAUGCAUGAAACCACCCAGACAGGUGGAACCGAACAGUUGCAGCCAGAAGGUCAGGAAGAUCUACGGGAGUUGCUUAAAAAAACACUGGAAUUCUGCUUAUCUAGAGAAAAUCUUGCCAGUGACAUGUACCUUAUAUCACAGAUGGACAGUGAUCAGUAUGUGCCAAUAAUGACAGUAGCAAACCUUGAUCAUGUCAAGAAACUCAGUACUGAUAUGGACUUGAUUGUUGAAGUGCUGAGAUCAUUGCCUUUAGUCCAAGUGGAUGAGAAGGGAGAAAAAGUUAGGCCAAAUCAGAAUCGCUGUAUUGUGAUUUUACGUGAAGUACCUGAAUCUACCCCCAUUGAAGAGGUAGAAGCACUCUUCAAAGGAGAUAAUUUGCCUAAGUUUAUCAACUGUGAGUUUGCCUAUAAUGACAAUUGGUUCAUCACAUUUGAGUCGGAAGCUGAUGCACAGCAGGCUUACAGAUACCUUAGAGAAGAAGUGAAAACUUUCCAAGGAAAACCAAUUAAGGCAAGGAUAAAAGCAAAGGCAAUAGCUAUAAACACAUUUUUGCCAAAGAAUGGAUAUAGACCUCUGGAUAUGAACCUCUACACGCAACAGCGUUAUACAACAUCUUUUUACUUACCUCCAGUAUACAGUCCCCAACAGCAGUUUCCAUUGUACAGCUUAAUUGCGCCACAGACCUGGUCAGCUGCGCAUAGCUACCUUGACCCUUCAUUGGUAACACCAUUUCCAAAUACUGGAUUUAUCAAUGGGUUCACAUCUCCAACCUUCAAGCCUGCUGCUUCUCCACUGACUACACUCAGACAAUAUCCUCCCAGGAACAGGAAUCCUAGCAAGUCCCAUAUACGACACACAAUACCCAGUGCAGAAAGGGGACCUGGGCUUCUAGACAGUCCUACAAUAUUCAACUUUUCUGCUGAUCGUUUAAUCAAUGGCGUCAGGAGUCCACAGACACGGCAGCCGGGACAAAACAGGACGCGGAUGCAGAAUGCUACUACGAGUUAUACCAAGAGGGAAGUAGGAACUGGACGGAUGGAGCAGACCAGUGUUGACUCCUCUCCAGGAUUAGGUAGAGGAAGGAAAAACUCCUACGGCUACCGAAAGAAAAGGGAGGACAAGUUUACCAGAGGCCAAACACAGUCUCCACCACCCCCAAAACCUCCAUCUCCUAGCUUUGAAUUGGGUUUAUCUAGCUUUCCUCCAUUACCUGGGGCUGCUGGCAAUUUAAAGACCGAAGACCUUUUUGAAAACAGACUGUCCAGUGUGGUAAUAGGAACGUCAAAAGAAAGAAACCUAAAUGUGGAUGCAAGUACAAACACUAUUCCAUCAGGAAUUCCUCGAGAACCAUUGUUGCCAGUGUCUUCUACAUUGCCCAGGACGUUUGAAAGGUCUCCUUCGCCAUCCCAGUCUUCUGAGGAUUCCAAGGUUGUGGAUAAGCAGCAGAGAGAGACACAGAGUACAGAAAGGCUUUCUUCCACACUCAGUACUGCAUGUAAAUCGGUACAAGUCAAUGGGGCUGCCAUAGAACUGCGAAAACCUAGUUAUGCAGAAAUUUGCCAGAGAACAACUAAGGAUCCUCCUACAUUGCAACCCCAGAAAGAACAGAAGCCAAACACUGUAGCAUGUGGGAAAGAAGAAAGAAAGCCCACAGAAACAAUAGAGAAAAACAGAGAACCUCCUCCUGCAAAGUCACACCCCGGACAACCCAAAGACCAGAGGAGACAGUCAGGGCGCAGAUCGUCCCCUCCAGCUGUUGGCAAACGCUUAACUAAAGAACAGAAUACCCCUCCAAAAUCUCCUCAGUGAAGUUAACACCUGGGAGGGGUUUGAAAAGAGGUCUGCUUCCCACAAAUUAAACCCAUGUUCCCACUAAGAUACCUGAGAAUGAGUUGCUGGUUAGGAGCUUGCAGUGAUAUUAGGCAUGUAACAAUGCCUGCAAGUUAUUUUUCUUCUGUGAAAUACUUUUCCCCUCUUGAACAAACAUUCUAUUUUUUCUGGAUAUUUCUGGAUAGUUGUUCUAAACCUUACAUUUAGGUUGGUGCUUAAUUGGAGGUGAAGCUUAGUGUGAUUAUUUUUUUUCAAGAUGUAAAAUAUUUGUCUUUAAAAACAAAAAUCAACUUUUUAUUAAGCCUCUCUGUGGCUGUGUGAGUGCAAGCUCUGUAUAGUGAGUUUUUUCUAAACUGUUAAGCAGAAAUGUGCUGCUGCAAUAUUUUUAAUAAACUGGUCUGCAAGUACAUAUCUAAAGUGUCCAAAAGACUGAUAACGGCAGCUAGUGUGUAGAGUGCAAGGAAGUAGAUAUAUUUUACGAAUUAGUAUGUGACCUUGAAGAUUUUUUUUAUUGGGCUGCUGUACCAAGUGUCAGCAAACAAACUUGCACUUUUAGGUUAAACUAGUAGUUGUUUCUAGCGUUUUUAAAAAUUUAAUCUUUUUUUGAUGUUUUUGCACACACGAAAUGAAUCCUACAGAGCACCAUAGUGGUCUUUCUAAAAUAUUUCUGUUUUUGACUUACUGCAAGCAAGUAACCAUCUUCUCACUCCAGAAUAAAACUGAUGUUAAAAUUUGCAAAAACAAAGCACAUUGUGAAUAGAAAGAAUUAAGUCUGUGAGCUUCUAUGGUGGUGAAGCCCAUUAGUGGAUGUUAUCAGGAGAAAGCACUGUAGCCUUCUUGUGAUAACCUUAGCUUCCCUGUGCUUGUAAGGGAGUUAACUAAGUCAGCGCUGUAUGUUCUGGUUACCCCUGUGCUCUGUGUAGACUUUUUUUAAACUCUGCCCCAAGUGCUCUUUGAAAGAGUUCAUAUCUUAGUCAGCCUUGUGUUGACGUCUUCCUGUAACUACAAGCAUUGGCAUACGGAUUUAAAUUUUUCAAGACGUGAGAUAAUGGUGUUUGUUUUGUGUGGUGGAGGAAGAGAUCCCUGAUGUUUACCUCUGGGAUGAGGUUUCUCACACUUAUUUACUUUAGAAGUGAUGCGCUUUCUGAAGGACAAGGAUGCACUAAAUUAGCAAGUUUCUAAUAAAGUUGAAUAUAAAUUAUUUUUGUUUUAAAAUGCCUAAAGUUUUUCUUUAAGUGUUUAAGCUGCAGGAAGUUCAGACAAAACUCAUUCCUGCUGACUAUGACAGUACAGUUUAUUCCACAAAAAUGUUUAUUUAAACAACUGAUUUUUUUAAAGAAUUAUUUCCAUCCAAUAUUUAAAGACUUGAAUUUUAUUUAAACUUGAAAAUGACUUUGCCUUAACUUUUGUACAAGACAGCUUAGAGUUAAUGAGGUCUGACCCCGUUGAGGGUUAGCACGAGUGGAAUACAGAAUUACUCAGUUACAGUAUGUAUCUAUUGUCACUGGUCUUACUGGGUAAACAUACUGUAGUACAGGAACUAGCAGCAGUUUUUGUAAUAUACCUUAAAGAUCUUAAACAGUUGAUCUUUUUCAGAUUGUUGAAAAAUCUGUAAAUGCAAAUAGUCAAUACUGUAUUAAAUAUGUGCACUUGGAAGUGUGUGCUUUGCUUGUACAGUUGUAAAUAAUCAGAACAUAUAAAAAGGUACCCUAAAGAAAAAAUCUGAUAAAAAUUAUUGAUAUUAUAAAUGUUGCUGUUGAGCUGGAUGUAGAUAAACUAAAUGUUGUGGUUUGAAUAUUACUUUAAUUUGUUGUUUUUUCUUUUUCUUAUUUUAUUCUGGUGUGCUGAACUGACUCUGCCUCUUCACUGCAAAAGGGAAAUGGAACGAAAGUCUUAUUUGAAAGCCCUCAAAUGUUUUCCUAAGUCCCUCUAGAAACAAGCAGUUUAACCAAUUCAGAAGUGUUUUGCAAUGUAAAUAAUGAAUUCUAGCAGUCCAACUGUAAUUUUAAGUCAAUAAUAAAAUCAAAUUUAAUUGGAAAAAUAUUUUAGACUGCUAAGAAAAUACACACUGAAGCUUAUUUGUCUGCUUCUUUCAAGAAUAUCAGUUUUUUCCGAAGUGUAUGAUUCAUAGAGCUGUAAAAUAAUUAUAGAAGUUAACUCCUGAUAAAUUUCCUCUUAGAAAUAUCAAUUGGUAAUUAGUUGACCUUUUAAAUCCAGCUUGUUGUAUGCUGCAGAAUUGGUUAAAAUAGGGCAUACUGGAAUCUGUUGGGGUUUGGGUUUUUUUUUUUUUUUUUUCCUCGUUUAAAAAGAGCACUUUGUGAAUGCUGUGGGAGGAGAUAGGACUUUGACAACAUCACCAAAACUGCUAAAACUAGUUCUGUCAUUGGAUUUUAAUAUGCUUCUCCUUUCCCCAGUGGCAGUGAAAAUGGUAGCUAGAUCUGUGUAUGGUUUAGGCCAGCUGUAUGAUUCCUUUUGUUUGUCUGCUGAAAGUGAAAGGCUUGCCAGCUGCAAACAAUCCCAAAUGGUUACUUACAGCAACUGUGUACAGCUAGUCGUAAUACUCAACUGGUACAUAAGGUAAUAUAUAUCGAGACCAGCAGGAUGUGUUGUGCUGUUCUAAUGUAUUCUGCUGCCAUUUGUGCUAGGUCAAUACACUGUAAUUACUGCUUACCCAGCAACAGUCUGUUGCAUCGAAAGUUUAAACCUUCCUCUGAUGUGGUUUUUAUAGCUUUUUAAAAAAAAGAAAAGAAAAAAAGUGACACGCCAAAUAGCUGUGUAAUAUACAACGUAUCCUUACUGCAUUUUACUUUGAGAAUUUUUUCACUCAAUGACAAAAUGGAGCUUUCAGAGUAGAGUUGUGAAGUUGCAUGCAGACUGUUGCUAUGAUACAUAUAGCUAUUAAAAUGUGGCGUUUGAAAUGGAAAAUCCCCCCAAAGCAGUAGCUGAGUUACAAGUUCAGGGUUACAGUAAUUAAAUUUGGCGUUUUACCUGGUAGGAUUGUGUGGUGAUGGUUUUCAUUUGAAAAUAUCAAACAAGUUAAUAUGGGAUCUGAGACCAUUCUUGCAGGAAUUUGUUUAAGAAGAAAAGCAAAAGUUGUUUUUAAAGCGUACUGUGUAAUCUUGUUUCAGAUCUGUCCCCCACCAUGACUUUAUGAUUUGCCACUUGGAAAUCAGUGAACGGUGGCACAUUCUUAUGUUGCUGCAUUAUCCUUUAAAGACUUGAGCAGUUGGUGCGGAAAGGCCCUUGUCCGAGUGUGGUGUGGUGUAUCACGAGCAACAGCUGACUGUAAUGGUGCAUACCUAUCUCUGUAUCUCCUUCGGCUAGCUACAGUUAGGGGUUUUUACGUGCUUUGUAACCUAUUACACUAAUAGCAGCAGACAAUCGAAGAUUUCUAAGGAGACCUAACAGCUGCCAAUUCAUGAAAUAGAAGUGUAAUAUGGAAGCCUUCUUGAGGGUUUUUGUUUUUGUUCUUCUUCCAUUAAGACUGGAAUCAAGCUUACAUGUAAACUAUCAGUAAUUUAAGUUUCCUUUUGUGUCAUAAAAUGUAAAACUGUCUAAUUUGAAAAAAAAAUAUGUAGGUUAUGAAAAAUAAAGAUUUAGGCACUGUUGAA